CUGAAGAAGCUGGACCAGGCCGUGUCUGCCGCUCACACCUUCUUCGUGGCUAACCCCCAGCACCUCCAAAUGCGGGAGGACAUAGAGAAGUACCGGCGUAUGUCAGGGGUGCAGUCGGACGACUUCCGCGACCUGGAGGCCACGCCGCACUGGGAAGCGUAUGAGGCUGGGGUGCAGCACUACAAUGCAGAUGAAUACCUGCAGGCUGUGGCCAAGCUGGAGAAGUCACUCACAGAGGCACUGUCAGCACUGGAAGAGUGCCGUGCCCUGUGUGAAGGGCCUUGGGAGGAUGAGGACGAGGAGGAGGAGGAGGAGAUGCAGCCUGGCCUGUAUGAAGCCGUCGCAGCCCAUUACGUUCAGGUUUUGAAGUGCAGACAGCAGUGUGUCCUUGACAUUGCCACGAAGCCGGGGCGGGUUUCUGCCACGGAAGAUUUCAUACCGGCUCACCUCGACCUGCUGCAGUUCGCCUACAGCCAGGGCCCUUUUCUUUUUGAGGGUAUUGCUGUCACAAUGGAUCCUCAACAGAUGAAUGGAACCCAGAGGGUUGUAUUCGACAGAGUGCUGACAGAGUCUGAGUGUAAGGACCUUCUCCGGCUGACAGAGGCAGCAGGAGAAGCAGGAGAUGGCUACCGGGCAAGACGGUCGCCUCACACCCCACACGAGAGAUUUGAAGGGUUAACUGUUUUGAAGGCCAUGCAGCUGGCCCAGAAUGGCAACGUGGACUGGAGAGAUGCCAAAUUGCUUCUGCAGGCCAGCGAGAAAUCACGGAAAAUCAUAGAGUCUUAUUUCACUCCUGGGAAGAAACUCCACUUCUCCUUCACACACCUCGUGUGCCGCACAGCUGUAGACGAUGAACAGGAAGGUCGCAUGGAUCUUAGUCAUCCUGUGCAUGCUGAUAAUUGUCUCUUGGAUCCUGAGGGGCAAGAGUGCUGGAGAGAGCCGCCUGCCUAUGUGUACAGGGACUAUAGUGGCAUUCUCUACCUCAAUGAUGACUUCCAAGGUGGGGGCCUUUUCUUCACUGAAAUGGACACUGUGACUGUCACAGCUGAGGUGCAGCCCAAGUGUGGGAGGCUGGUGGCCUUCAGCUCUGGCAAGGACAACCCCCAUGGCGUGUGGGCAGUGAGGCGUGGCAGGCGCUGCGCCAUUGCGCUCUGGUACACACACUCCCAGGAACAUGCUGAGCAGGAACGGGUGAAGGCAGAGGAGCUGAUGGAGAAGAACAGGGUGCAGCAGAACCAGCCUGAUGGAGAAGAAUGUCAGGGGGCUGCUCGGGGCAGCAGAUCCUCCUCAGAGCCUCCCACUCCCAACAGCAGAGCCAGGUCCACGAGCUGGAGGCACAAACCUGUGUCAGACAGGACACAGCACCCCAAGGAGCUGCGGGUCAGAGAUGAGCUCUGA